CAUCAAAAAACCGGUCCAUCCGCCAGUUCAGCGACCCUCCAGCCACCACACUCUCACUCUCUUCAAACCCGAUAUAACCACACUUCAGCCUCGGAUCUCGCCCAAUCUCCAAAUCUCCAACGUCAUGAUCACACCGGUCAAAAGCUUUCUCUUGCUCCUCCUGGGGCUGGGCCUCUUGUCCCUGGCGGCGAGUGACACGUACCCCUCGGGGCGUCUGUUUGGGUGGGGGAGCAGCAAGGAGAAGGAGGUGACCGUGUCCAAGGGAUGGGGCUGGAAGAAACCGAGCAUCAAAGGGGUCGGGAUUUAUGGGGGGAUCAGGGUUCAUCAUAAGGAUCCUGGUGGGAAGGGGUGGGGAGGUGGGUGGGGGUUGAGGUUGCAGCAGGGUUGGGUGAGUCGGUGGGAGAGAGAGGGAUCGUAUUUUGAGGUGAUGUUAAUUCGAGUUUUUUGUGUGAAGGGGCUGAUUAAAGAAGAGGAGAGUCAUGGAGGGGGCGGUGGCGGGUGGGGACACGGUGGUGGCGGCGGAGGCGGCGGUGGCGGAUGGGGCUGGGGCAAGCAAAAGCAGAAAGGAUGGGGAUGGGGUGGCGGUCACGGUCACGGUGGCGGCGGCGGUGGAGGAAAACACAGCGGGUGGGGUUGGGGUGGCCAUGACGACGAUGAUGAUGGUGGUGAUGGGUGGGGAUGGGAACGUGCCCUUCUCCCCAUCACUCCCACCACGGACUUUUCCACCACAUCCACCGAGCUUCUCCCGGUCUGGCCAAGCACCAUCCACCACCGACGCAACUACGACUCUGACGACUCUGACGAAGAGGAGGACGAAGAAGACGACGAAGAGUCGGUCAACGUGUCGUCUCCUUCAUUCAUUUACCAACCUGUUUAUUGAUUUAAUAAAUCGACAAUAUAUAAAAUUA